UCGUGAUAUGUUCUUCCCUCCACUCCCCGGGCCAGAGGGCCUGGCCCGUGACUUCGGCUAGACUGUCCCCGAGUGCCAGGAACAGCCACAGCACCUGGCCCUCCAUCCCCUCCCCAGCAGAGCAGGCCUCUGGUUCCAGGUGGGGCGGGGUGGGGGAUGCCACGUCAGUCCCCGAGGCCGGUUCAGUUUCCUCCUGCUUCGGCCAAAACAUGCCCAGCUCAGCAUCGUGGUCAAAGGAGCUUGGCACGCUGUGGACUCUGCUGAGGACAGCAAAGGGGACAGAGAUGAGAUUCCAGUGAGUGUAAGACCAGGGCCUGUCAGGCCAGGUGGGGCCCAGCAUGUCAUUCGAGUGGGGUAGCUCGUCCUUUCUCCUUUGCUUCUUGGUAAAUUUAUUUUCCUCGGUUAGCAGUAAUCCUGCAGUUUGCAAAUGCAGGUGACCCAGAACUGCCACUGCUUGGAAUCGUGUCUCUUUCAGUGUUCUUUCUGCUCAGAUAGUCUUGUCCCUGUUUAUUUUACAAUGCAAAUCCCAGAGAGCAGACCCUGUCUCAUGUCCCCCCGUGGGCUGUGAGGGGUCCUCAGGUGUCUGUUCUCUGUUGCUGUGUUUCUGUUUGGCUUCUAUUCAGCCUCCCUUUCUCCGUAGUUGCACGUAGAUGGUCUCAUUGUUAUUUGAGUUUAGUCAUCAGUAUUCCACACAAGCCCUGUCUCAGCUGUGUCAUGGUGACAAUCCGUCAAAACACAGCUCUUUGGAUAAGCAGAUGGUAACGGUCUCAUGCAGCAGCCUGUCCCCUUCUCCUUCAGAAGGGAGGGAGCAGCUGUAUCGAUUGCAUGGGCCUGUUUGCUCUGGCGCCUGGAGGUUUAAGAAUCAGCGCUUCCACCCUGGGGGCUCUGACAGUCUCCAGUUCUGUCCCUGUCAGCUCUGGCGGUGACUCUUUUCUCCUUCUCUGCCUGUCUCUCUGGAGGCAGAGCCUCUCCCCAAAGCCACGUGGCUUCUGUGAGUUCCUCCCCACCACUGCCGCUGUGGCAUUAGGGCCUUGGCAUUAGCCCCAACCCUGCCAUCCCUCAGCCACGAAGUCCAAAGGGGCAGCGGCUGUGGGGCCACACGCCCUGCCGGACGGCCCCGGCCCUGCGGACGGGUGCACGUGCCCGCCGAGCCCACGGCUGUGGACAGCCACCCGCAGCCUGCCCGUGAGUCUCCUCCCACGGCGGACUCACAGCUUCGUACCCAGGUGGGCUAGAGCUAGUCCCUGGGUGGGGUGCAUCUCUCCCACGCCCCAUGACCUGUGUCCCCCCACCCUUCCUCAGCCCAGAGGCAGGGGUAAAAAAACCCGCUUUGUGGCUCCUGGGAACACCACCAGGCCUCAGACCCUUCCUGAGUGCCUCCCACUGGUUCCGCAGGGAUGGGACAUGUGGCUGUACACGCCCCUCACCCUGUCCCUGCCACAGGACGUGUGGCGUCUGUCUUGUGGGUGCUGAUUCCUGCUGCUUUAGGUUUUGAGCUGUUUGCAUGUCCCUCUCGACCAUUUUUGUUGCCUGUUUCCCUGCAGAGGCGUGGGGAGGAAGCCGCGCCCUGGCGGGGACGGGGUCAGGUGGGCCCCUGGGGCCGGCGGGGAGGGGCUGUGAAGGGCCCCACUCUUGGGGCGAUGGCCAGAGUGCUGCAGGAGGCCUUGCGCCUUGGGGUUUGGGCAGUGACACAGGAUUAUGGCCUCUGCUGCUGCCCACGUUGCCGGGUAAAGCCAGAACAGCUGGGAGGAAGGAGUUGUCCCGGACCUGUCUGUGGUCAGUGGCUUUCUAGGCGCUGUCAGCGUUAUAGUCCCUGAGAGGGAGAAGAGGGACUGAGAACGUUGAUUCUUGCCCAGGAGCAACCUGCGUUUCUCCCUGUCCCUUUUCCUCUCCCCCAGGAGUACCGGGACAUAAGCCUGUGUGUUAGAAUCUGAAUGGCUUAGGAAAGCGCUUCCUCCCUGCUAGUCUGCAAACUUCAAAUGGACUAAAUGGACACAGGUUUUAGGGGACACCGAUCAGUUAGUGGGGGGGGCCUGUACCUCUCGAGGGCUUAGGAACGAGCCUCUCACACCUGCACGGCCCAGGCUGGCAUUUGGCCACCUGAGCAGGGGCCUCACUGCGCCUACUUUGAGGCCCUGGCACAUGCUAGUGCCUUUCGAGCUGCCGGGUGUGGGAAGAUGCCCCCGCGGCCCUGGAGGGCGGGCCUGAGACGCGGCAUGGCUGUCAGAGGAGAGGCUCCCAGCGUCCCGGGGGAGGGUGAACCCCCAGGGGAUCGGGGAGUGUGUCUGGAUUUUCUUCUCCUCUAGGACACCAGAGAUGCUCCCAGACCUGCCCCUGGGCAGUGUGAGCAGAUGACUAACAGUGAGAGGACGGGGACUCUCACAAUACUGUCCCGAUGAGUGGGGCGGGACACGGACAGGGGUUUGGAUCCCCUGAGAUCCGGCUGUGAGGUGCGCUGCAGUAAAUGCACGCUGGGAUCAAACAAAAGUAAAGCCUUUCAUGAAUAAUGUUAAUAUUGAUUACAUGUUUUCACAGUAAUACUUUGGGUAUAUUACGUUAAAUACAGAAUUUUACCUUUCUCUUUUUACUUUUUUAGUGCGGCUACUGUAAAAUUUAAAGCCACAUGUAUGACUUGCACUGAAUCUCUGCUGGGCAGCCCCGCGGUAGAGACAGGCGUAAGGUGCAUGUUGGAGAGAAGCAAGGCUCACAAGGGAAAGGAAGUGGUUUUGGAGGGAAAACCAUCGUGAAGAGCUCUCCAAGUCCCAGAAUGACAUGACUUCUGAGAAGCAUCUUCUGGCCACGGGCCCCAGGCAGCGUGCAGGCCGGACGGAGAGACGGAGCCAGUCUGACACUGCUGUCAACGUCACCACCAGGGUCACCGCGGCGGACGUUCUGAAGCCCCUCAAGCAGGAGGACCCCAGAUGUGCUACCCUCCCUGUCGUGAGGUGCGGGCAGCUCUCGGCCAGGCCCACGCCCGGCUGGGCAUUCUCUGGAGGCUCAAGACACGGAAGUUUAAUUAGCAUCAACAGCACUUGUACAGAGAUGGGCAAUUUUGACAAUGCUAAUGUCACCGGAGAAAUUGAAUUUGCUAUUGGUUAUUGCUUCAAAACCCAUUCCUUAGAAAUAUGCAUCAAGGCCUGUAAGAACCUUGCCUAUGGAGAGGAGAAGAAGAAAAAGUGCAAUCCGUACGUAAAGACCUACCUGCUGCCUGACAGAUCCUCCCAGGGGAAACGCAAGACUGGAGUGCAAAGGAACACGGUGGACCCCAACUUUCAGGAGACCUUGAAGUACCAGGUGGACGUCACCCAGCUGGGGACGCGGCGGCUGCAGGUCUCUGUGUGGCACCUGGGCACACUCGGCCGGAGAGCGUUCCUCGGAGAAGUGAUUGUCCCUCUGGCCACGUGGGACUUCGAGGACAGCGCGACGCGGUCUUUCCGCUGGUAUCCGCUCAGGGCCAAGGCUGAGAAAUGUGAAGAUGGCGUUCCUCAGAAUAAUGGAGAACUUGCAGUCCGGGCUAAGUUGGUCCUUCCUGCGGGACCCAGAACACUCCAGGAGGCUCAAAAAGGGACAGAUCAGCCGUCACUUAAUGGUCAACUCUGUUUGGUAGUGCUGGGAGCCAAGAAUUUACCUGUGCGGUCAGAUGGUACCUUGAACUCAUUUGUGAAGGGGUGUCUCACUCUGCCAGACCAACAAAAGCUGAGGCUGAAGUCCCCAGUCCUGAAGAAGCAGGCUUGUCCCCAGUGGAAACACUCCUUUGUCUUCAGUGGUGUGACCACGUCUCAGCUGAGGCAGUCAAGCUUGGAGUUGACGGUCUGGGACCAGGCUGUCUUUGGCGUGAGCGACCGCCUCCUGGGGGCAGCCAGACUUGGUUCAAAGGGAGAUGUGCAUGGCGGCACGGACUCGUGCUCACAAUCAAAGCUUCAGUGGCAGAAAGUUCUUUCCAGCCCCAAUUUGUGGACCGACAUGACACUUGUCCUGCACUGAGGUGAAGGCUCCACAGCCCCAGGCUAAAGGGGUGAGAAGCGCAGCGUGCCUGCAAGGGGCUAGGAACUGGGUGUGGGGCCCCAGCGGUGUAAGACCCUCUGGACGAGCAGUCUAGUCUCCACCUGCAGUCAUGUCACGUGGCUAAAGCACCCGUAGGUAUCUCUGGGUAUAUUUAAGUUAAACUGCAAUUACCCAUGUUAUGUACACCAGUCUCUGGCAGGUUGUAUAUUUGAGACAUGGACAAUGGCCAGAUUUCAAUAAAUGUUCACUUGCUGUGUCGAGUAGUGACAAUUACAGCUUUGUCACGUGCACUUGGAAGAGGAGGAGGCUGGUGAUUAAGAUCCUGCGUCCUCUCCUGUGGAUAGUCAUUUCCAGAGCUGGCCGGCCACAGGGUGCUGGGAGACUGGGUGGCUCUGUGAUGGGCCCUCCUAUUUAUAGGUCUGCGGUGUGGGAUUCAUGUGCACGUGACAUCUUUACUGAAAGGGAAAAAGCACGUGAAAAGGAAGGACACGAGUGAGCAGAACCAAUGACACAUGGAAACUGAUGUCCUCACGGCUUUUUGGGGCUGUGGAAUGAAACCAGAGCAAAGUUGUUCUGGUGGAAACACAGAUAGAUGCACAGACCAGAGUCCCUUCAUGGCUGGGGUCUGAAUGGUCAUUAUAGUGUGUUGUGUAUUUUCCAAAUAAGCAGCUUUGACAGAAAACUGGAGUGUGCAUACUCAAUUUUACAUGCAUAUAGAACACUAAAUCAUUUUUACCAAUGUGAUUAUAGCAGUUAAUCAGCUUAUCACUGUCCUCACAUCAGAUCAAGUGCUGUGGCUACAUGGCUUUAGUAUGUAAUUCUUUUAUUAUUCUGUAAAAGGUAACAAAAUAUACAGAACGAAACUUUCCCUUUUUAAAACUAAUGUUACAAACCCACAUUAUCAUUUAUAAAUACUAUACUCUAG